UUGUUUUCAUUGAUCAGCUUUUACAAGUCUGUGCAGCACUUUCAACUGAUCAACUUCGAGACAUGGCCACCUGCGGAUGAGGAUUUCAUGGGUCUGGACGCGGAUGACCCGAGAUUGAUCGAUUACAUCCGCCAACACGUCAUCGUGCCUCCCUCUACCGAACCAUACAAUUUGUAUUAUGGGAUCAACCAUGACCCUUCCGACGGCCAGGCGAAAGUUGUCGACGAACUAUUAAACCAUAAGAGGAAUGGCUUUUACGUCGAGAGUGGAGGUUACACGGGCGAAGUGGUGAGCAACACUUUAUUUUUUGAAAUAAAACGAAAUUGGACCGGGAUCCUGAUUGAACCGAACCCGAGGAACUUUGAAAAAUUAUUGUCUAGGAAGCGAAAAGUGCACUUAGCUAAAGCGUGCAUUGGAGAAACCAAAUCAGCUGACAAGGUGGUAUUUUCUAACAAAAAAUCUAUGGGCAAGAUAUUAAAUCCUCAAGAUCCAAACUACCCAGGAGAGUCAUUGGACCUGAGCAGUGCGAAAUGUUUCCCGCUGUACUCGUUUCUGCUCGCACUCGGCACCACCACCGUCGACUACUUCAGCCUCGACGUCGAGAGUUCCGAGUACAAGGUCCUGCAGUCUAUUCCUUGGGACAAGAUUGAUAUUAAGACGUUAUCCGUGGAGUACAACCUCAUCCCAGAAGGAAUGCCUGCACUGAUUGACCUAAUGAAGUCUAAAGGUUACAUCUACUACAUGAAAAUCAUCCGGCCUUAUACACACGACCUUAUUUUCGUCAAACCGGAAGUGUUGGAUCACACAAGAGUCCAAUACGGAGAACUGCCUAUUCUGGAUGUUAAUAACACCAUCAGUUGGAUGACUCGUUCGAAUUUGGAGUCAUGAAGAUAUAAUAGCAAGGAAUAUUUUCAACCAAGGAAUGGAGGCAAGAUAACUGACAGUCGCUUCUUGAUUAUCAAUUACGCUUGGUUCAUGAUGAACAUCAGAAAAUUUAUCAGGUCAUGUAUGAAGAAACAUUUUAGAAUUAACAAACGUUGAUUAGUAGGUUUUUAGGUGGCAUUUCGUAUAUAUUAACUUGAAAAUUGAAAUAUUAACUAAUAAAUUUAAGAAUUAAUUGGAAAGACUUCAAAUAAUCGGCUUCAUAGAUGAUAGGGCAUAAAAGUAGCCCGUGCAGCUCAUCCGACUACACAGGUUUGGCUCUUUUCUGCAAUACGGUUAGGUAGGAUAAAGCAUUGAGAAUUUGUAACUAAUCCACAACAUUUUACUGUUUUAACAUUACAAGGUUCAAACUUACAAUUGAAGCUUUCAAGUCGAAUAUGUCGCUCCCUUUCAAAAGCAACAGUUUCCAGGCGGAUGA